UCAAAGAGUGUGUCUGUCAGAGCGAAACUGUCAUCAUGAGUUGGGUAUAUUCUUGGCUGUCCUCAGUCGGGCUACUUCUCUGUCUCACGGCCUGUCUGUGUCAGCGCAUUACUGUUCCUGGCGUCAGUGGUCAGAACGUCACUCUGCCCUGCAAGUAUAACCUGAGUUAUCAUGGCAAAUGUGAGAUAUGUUGGAUGAGGGGUGCAAUUCCAAUGUCAGGGUGUGGUAAUGAGAUCAUUGCUACUGAUGGAGAUAAAGUGGUGAGGCGAACGUCACACAGAUAUCAGCUCAAUGGAAAAUUACAGGAAGGAGAUGCAUCUUUGACAGUCUACGGCAUUACACAGAAAGACUCUGGAACAUAUGGCUGCCGUGUGGUUGUACCUGGAUGGUUCAAUGAUAAAAAAAUCGAAGUCAACUUAGUUAUUGUGAAAGAAACAGGACCUUCAACUGAAGUGAACUCUUUAUUACCAAGUACCCCUGAGCUGGUAACAACUGGUCCAUGGCACACUGAGACGACGCAUGUGAUAGCCACUAGCACCUCAAACACCUCAAUUCCAGAGUUUAAUAAAACUGGGGUAAAAACAACAGAUGAUAUGCUUCCUGUAACUGUUGUAUCAAUCCUGCUGAUUUUCCUGGUUUUUGGAACUGCUGUUUAUCUGAUAUGGAAGAAAAAAAGAAGAACCAGGGAUUCUUUAGAAAUAGACCAGAACUCAAACAUCUCAGCUAUCUACAACAACAUAGACGUCAGUUUUGGUUUGAACAACAGAUCAAUGGCUGUGGAGAACAUCUACCAAUUAGACACUGAGAACGAAUAUGAACAAUGUGUGCGUGCUUAUAAAUCUCUGGACAGUUAUCUCUACAGAAAUUCAGGAUUUGUCAGCCCCCCCUAAGAUGUGGCAUUUUGUAAAGAAGAAAAUAACAAUCCUCAUUGGACGGGUAAACCAUUCACAGCGACUCAAUGAUCCUCCUCUGAAACCAUGGGUCGUUUUGGCAGACGAUGGGGUGGUGCGCGGUGCUCACUGCUGCUGCAUGGCUGGACUGGGUGAGGCGUGCUCUCAUGUAGGAUCACUACUUUUCUACAUGCAGGAGAAGUACAGUCAAAAAAAGCAAAAACUAGAAUCCCAGCCUUCAGUGACAUCUUUAAAAUGUGGGUGGU